CUGGGGCUUGCAGAGCAUAGGGGGAGUGUCCACUGCUCAGAGAGAUAGGGUCUGAUUCUUACUGUGGUUAUUGAAAGUGUGCCGUUGCUCAUCAUCCAUCAUGUAUCUUGCUACGAUUCUCCAACUCUUCACGCUGCACAUUACUUUUCAUCCGGUGGCCUAUGCCCUUGACGCUUGUAUUUGUGAGUUUGAGAAUGCAGAGAAACCGUUUCCUCACAACAAACUCAACACUGUGGAGCAAGGCGCUGUGAAAUGUAACCAGGACGUCAAUCCACAGAAGGCCCGGGAGUUUGACGGUCUGCUGUUGGCCCUGGAGCAGCGCUUGCCCGAGCUGUUGGCUGUGGUGUCUGAGCUGGAGCAGGAGAACGAUGGGGAUCUGUAUGGGGCCAUCACCCUGCAGGUCAUCCACAACGACAUGGCUGAGAUCCAGCAGCUCGUGAACAGGCUCAACAGCACCCACCUCGGGUUUAGGCAACAAAACAGCGACGUGUCUGAGACGCUGCAAUAUAUAAAAGAAGAGAUGCAGCAGCUGGAAGCGCUUGACACCAUGCAGACGGUGAGGAGAGAGAAGACCAACAACCGUCUCACCAGAGACCUGGACCACUGCAAGAAUGGACGCCACCUUAUUCCCACAGUCAUUCCUUCACAUGGUGGCGGUCCUCGACUUGUCAACGUGACGGGCCCGAGGGUCUACACAGCAGGAGAAUACCCAGGCUCUUACAAGUUUGGAUCCUGGGGUCGUGACCCCAAACCUGACGCUGGGAAGGAGAAUUGGUAUUGGCGUGUGAUUCUGACCAGCAGCAACAUAUACGCCCAUUAUGUGCGGCGCUACACCACUCUGAGCGCCCUGAUAGUCGGGAUCAGCACUCCAGGCAAUGUCCAGAUCAGCCCCAGUAACCCAACCACCAACACUAUCCAGGGGCCCAGCGCUGUGCUUUAUGGAGAAGCGCUGUACUAUAACUGCUACAAAGUGGCGGCCGUCUGUAGGUUCAACCUCACCAGCAAGACUGUUCAAUCCACAAUGCUGCCCGAAGGAACCAGGGUCAACUCCAAAGGCAACUACUGCCACCUCGAAGCCUGCUACCCGUACACAGACCUGGACCUGGCCACCGACGAGAACGGCGUCUGGGUGGUCUACACUACCACCCAGGACCGCGGCAACCUGGUGCUGGCCCGGGUGGAGGUAGAAGACGGACGGCCCGUGCUGGGUGAAACCUGGCACACGUCGGUCUACAAGAAUUCGGCGACCAAUAGCUUCGUGGCGUUUGGCGUCCUCUACGCCACACGCUACGUCAGCCCGGAGGUGGAGGAGAUCUUCUACUCUUUGGACACCGCCACGGGUGUGGAGAGGUUCGACGUCGGCAUACACAUCAGCAAAAUGUCCAAACAUAUCUAUUCGCUGAACUACAGCCCAGUGGAUCAAAUAAUAUAUGCCUAUGGGGAAGGGUUUAUGACCUCCUACAAGGCUAAGUUUGAGUAGCUUCUUUAGUUUGUAGCCAACAACAUCGCAACCAUAAUCUGCGUAGUGUGUAGAAAGUGAUUAAUUGAGAUGAACUGUUCCAGUACAUAUAUAUAUAUAUAUAUAUAUAUAU